CGCAUUACAGCGCGGUGCAAGUAAAUAUAGAACAAAACAUUUUGUAAUUUUUCAAGACUUGUUAUUAUUAAUUUAAGUGAAAGUGCGAUCACAGUGAAAAAUGCUCUAAAUAUAACAUUAACCACCAAAGACCAAUUUUAGAAAAAAAUAAUCUUAGGUAUUUUUAAUAUUUCUGUUUUAUAGAAAUCAAUCUAGUGUUCAAAUAAACUAUACUACCGACUUGACAGUACAAAAGAACCGUUCAGGAUGGUGCUAAAGUACUCAGCCAUGAAGUACUCGCCAGUGCUGGUGGUGCAGCUGAUCCUCAUGGUGCUAUUCUUCAUCUUCGUGAGGUAUGGGGAUGAGAAAGAAGCCCAUGUCAGAGGUUUCGAAGGCACCCACGUCAUGAUCUUCGUUGGUUUCGGAUUCCUGAUGACGUUCCUCAAAAAGUACUGCUACAGCGCUCUAGGGUUCAACUGGUUGCUGGCUGCCCUUGUCAUCCAGUGGGCGUUGCUGUGCCAGUCCUUCUUCACCAUGAAGGACAAUACCAUCUACAUUACUAAGAAGUCGUUACUUGAAGCAGAUAUAAUGUCGGCCACAGUGCUCAUAACAUUUGGGGCGUUGCUUGGCGUGGCGACUGGUCUGCAGUUACUUUUCAUAGCUAUCGUGGAGACGGUCAUUGCCUGUUUGAAUCUGUGGCUUGUGACCGAUGUGUUUAAGGCUGCAGACGUAGGAGGAUCUAUUGCCAUCCACACAUUCGGGGCGUACUUCGGCCUCGGCGUCAGCAUGGCCCUGAGGUACAGAAGAGAAGAUACCACCACACCAAUGAACAAUGGGAACCCUGCCCCAGUAGUCGAUCUUAACGGAGCUAGCUAUACUUCUGACGUCACUGCUAUGAUUGGGUCGAUUUUCCUAUGGAUCUAUUGGCCGUCGUUUAACUCUGGCCUGACGAACUCCGACGCUGAAUACCAGAGAGCUGUUAUCAACACUUACCUAUCCCUAGCUGCUGCUACUGUGACAGCCUUCGUAAUGUCAUCAGCAGUGAACAAGCAUCCCGGCAGGUUCGACAUGGUACACAUCCAGAACUCCACGUUAGCUGGCGGAGUCGCGGUGGGAUCUGUCUGCAACAUGCACAUAGGAGCGGGAGGCGCCAUGGCUAUUGGAAUCGGCUCAGGACUGUUGAGUGUUAUUGGCUACAGAUAUCUUACGCCCCGACUCACCAAAAUAGGUAUCCUGGACACAUGCGGCGUGAACAAUCUCCACGGAAUGCCCGGAGUAUUCUCUGGUCUUCUCUCAGUGCUAUUCGCUGGGCUUGCAUCAGCUCAAGACUACGGCACAGAACUUAGCAGUGUGUUUGAAGCUGUAGGACCGGACGGCAGAUCGGCCGGCAGCCAAGCUUUAUACCAGUUCAUAGCGCUGGCUGUUACAAUAGGAUUGUCAUUAGUCGGAGGAUUUGUUACUGGUUUGCUGUCAAAAAUGCCCGUGUUCGGGUCCCUUAAGGACGCAGAGAGAUACGACGACCAAAUCAAUUGGGAGUUACCUUAAUCGACCUAUUUUAAAAUUGCGCCUUUAUUUUCUCGAAAAACAAAAGGUGAAUUAAGAUGUUCAAUUUGCUGGAUAAUGAAGAGGAAAACAGGUUAAUGUAUACGAAAUAUAAGGAAUUAAUUUGAGAUUUGAACGUAUCUUAUUACGCUUGUAAUAGGAUAUUUUCGUAACGUUGUUUUGUAUAUUGUUUUUAUUAUCCAAAGAUCACGAAGUUCACUAAUUCGAUUUAUGUAAACUAUAGUUUAAAAUUACGUAAGUGAACAUUGAAAUGAUGAAUAUCUGUAUAAUUAAGUAUAUUAACUAUUUAUAUUACGAAUGAAAUAUUUUAUAGGUAAAUGUAUGUACAUUUAUAAUGUUUAUUUUUACACAACUCAUAUUUCUUUCAACCAUUAUCAUAAUUAAAAUGCCUAUUAUAUUGGUUCCGCUUGCAACGAUUUAUAUUUCGAAGUAUCGCAUUCGCGCUGGAGCGAUGUUGUUACAAUGAGGCUUUGCAGACCGCAAAUUACUGAAGAGCACUUAUUACUUUAUACCUAACUACAGAAUAUGUACAUAUGUAGAAUAUUACCUAGUCUAUAUAUUUAACGGGUAUGAUGUACAUUAACGGUUCGUUUCUUCAUUGACUGACAUUAAAGUUUAUAUUACUUUUGCCCUAAUUAUGACAGAUGUAUUAGCAGGUUUUAUAGCUUUUACUUUAGCUGCUACAUUUACUUUUACAGUCUUAUUGUUGUUUCAUCCGUGGUCAACUAAAGUUAACGGUCUUAUACUGGACGAGCGUGCGAUGCCUUUACCUCGCUGUGAAUUCACUUGCAAUUCGCCAGCCUUAACUUUACCUGACCACGGAUGUAACCACCCUGCCUUAGAAAAUAAUAUAUAAAGGAUGCGGCUUGUCUCAUUAUUCCUUUCUGUUAAAGUAUAAAAGCAUAUGAUUUUGCACACAUUUGUAAAAACUGUUUUAUUUGAUUUGUAUGUAUAAUUGUGUGUGUAAAAAAGUAUCUGUGUUGCACUUUAUAUAUAAUUGUUACAUUUAAAGUGACGAAAUUUGUUCAUUCGGAAUUGUUCUUGCUAGUUGGUAGCCAAUGAAUUUGUAUUUCGGAUAUGUGUUAUCGGUUUAGGAUACUCACAGACCGUGUCUAGUGUGAGGUCCACUAGUAAUGUACUUUUAAUGUCUAUUUAUUUAUUAUUAUCAAGGUAAACUUACAACUAAAAUUGACACUUUAAAUUUAUGAAGUUAAUAAAUGGCUAAUGACAAUUGUUCAUAUAUAGGUACUAGUACAAGUUUUAUCUUGAGGGGCUCCUUUUUCAACACUUAGCCCGUAGCAAGUCAGGCCUUUCUGCGUGUAGGUACUAGUACAUUUAAUAAAGGAACAGCUGAAAGUAAAGAACACAAAAUAAGACAUCUAGAGUUACAACAUACAUUAUGGAUAAAAAGAACUCUUUAAUGUUAAUAAGACUUGUAGUCAUGAUAAAGUCUUAAAUGUUCUUUUAUUUAUAAGACGUGUGACAUUAUGUUUCGAUGGUGCUGUAAUAGUAAAUAGAAGUAAUAAUAAUAAGCAUAUGGUACAUCCUUUCCAGGUAGUCUGUACAGUCAAUGAAGAUACUGACCGUAAAUUUCCUUUGAGAAUUAUUAAAUAUUUAAAAAAUAUUAUCAAGUGUAUCUCCCAAUUUGGAUAUUGUUAUUAUAACGAACAGAAUUACUAUUAAGUUAUUAUAAGUCAAAUAGUAUUACUAAUUAUCUGUUCAAUAUGUAGUGGCUCUCUAUUAAAGGUGCUAUUAGUUAUAAA